UUCCUAUUUUAAAAAAAAAAUCAAUUAUAAAUACCUUUCUACGGGACAAGACCCUAGAUCCCAAGAAAAAACGCCACCUCAUCGGAAACCUAACUAAGCCGAUCUUCUCAACAUGUCUCCAACGGAGGGAUGCGCGACAAAAGGGAUGAGUCUGCUGACAUUGAACGAAAGGGAAACUACUAAGAGAACCACCAGACCAAGAAAAAGCGACAUUGGGAGAAUUCGUGUAAUGGGAUAUAGCACUGACCUUCCCCAGGAUGAUGUGGAAAGCUCGCUGAGAAAACAUUUCUCUUCAUGUGGAGAGAUCACUGAUGUUUAUGUCCUCGUACUCGAUGAUAACAUUCUCAACAGCUUUGGUUUUAUUUAUUUUCUGGGAGGACAAGGCACAGUUGACAAGGCUAUGCAACUUAGUGGAACUGACGUUGGAGGAUGGAAUGUCAUUGUUGAGCCUAAUCCUUUUCCGGAAGAUGCAGACUGGUACCCUGUUGCCUUUGUUCAAGGAUAUGACACUGGUCUUGGGAAGACUGAUAUCAAGAGAAUGUUGUUUAAUCAUUUCUCUUCAUGUGGACAGGUCAGGGAUAUCAUGUUUUACAAGAGCACCAUUGGUGUAGCUUCUGUGUCUCUUUAUGGAGAAGGUGCAGAAGACAAGGUGCUGGAUCUCGAUGGGUCCUUCAUGGGAGGAUGCAAAAUACUUGUUAAGCUUAUUCCCUGCAAGACAGUAUACACUGUCCACCCUCGUCGUCGUUAUUAUGGCUGGCCCAGGUAACGAGGCUAAAUAUGACCGAGAAAACAAAGACGAGCAUCUACAUUGUUUGUAUCUUUGUGAAAUAGUGCAACCAUCUACUCUAGUACUUUUUAUGCUAUUUUCUGUCUUCUGGAUUUCAAACUAGAUAAUAUCGAAUUCCUAUUUAAAAAAAAGAUCAAUUAUAAAUACC